AUGCCACAUCCGGACCAACACCUAUUUCGACCUUCCGACGCGAGAGGAGGCGAUCUGGGUGCACCCUCGAUCGCGAAACUGGCACCUGCUGGAUUAUGUUCUCGUCCUGAGGCGAGACGAGCAGGACGUGCUGGUGACAAAGGCGAUCCUUUGUUGCCGACGGAUGGGCCGACCAUGGCCUCGUCAUCUCCAACGUAAGGAUCGGCUUACGGCAACUCAGCUGACCUCAAGGAAAGCGACUACCGACUAAACUGAAUACUAUUUUGUUGAAUGUGCCUGAUCACCAUCUCCAUUUCAGCAAUGAACUAGCUCAAAGGCUAAGCAAUCUUCCAAUCACCGCCGACGAGAACGCCUCCGCGGAGAACCGGUGGUGUCAACGAAGCCACACGAUUCGAUCAAUCGCCCUAAAUCUUCUCGGUAACGCACGUCGCCAACAUCAGGACUAGUUUAACGAUAACGACGCCGCCAUCAGCAACUUAAUCGCCGAGAAGAAUCGCCUGUACAAAGAAUACGUCAAUCGUUUCACCGACGAAAACAAAGCAGCCUUCUAUCGUAGUCGCUGCCUUGUGCAACAGCGACUGCGGCAGAUGCAGGAGGUCUGGACGGCUAAUAAGGCCGAGGACCUUGACCUUCCGCCCUCUCUACAUGAAACAAUUAAGACCGUGCAGCAGCUCUCCAGCGGGAAGGCAGCCGAUUCGGACGCGACUCCUGCUGAGAUCUACAAACACGGUGGUCCCUGA